CGCCGGUGUUUCCCACGCACCCUGAAGGCGGCCUCAGUGUAGCGGGGCAGCAGCGGGUCAGUUCUGGACGAAACGUCACUUUCACGCCGGCGGUAUCAAACUUCUUUCAGCCCGAACUCCCCCGUGUCCGUGCGGCCCCGACAUUCAGAAACAACCCGGUUCCUGAGUCAGCAUGUCCGAGGACUCGUGGGCGGUGUCGGCGGACGUGCAGGAGGCGACGGCUUCAUCGGCUCAGUUUGACAUUUCAAAGAAAAUGUCCCGAACGAGGAGUUCACUGAGCACGAGAGGAGACAUAAACGGCAACAUUGUGCUGGGGGACGUUGAACGUGGAGACGAGCCGGGCCCGGCCGAUCAGUCCCUGCUGCACAAGAUGAUCCGUCGCUCUCUGGUGAGGAACCGGAACGAGGUGGAGGUCCUGCAGAGGGACCCCAACUCUCCUCUCUACUCCGUCAAGUCGUUUGAGGACCUGAGGCUGAAACCUGAGCUGCUGAAUGGUGUGUACAGCAUGGGCUUCAACAGACCAUCCAGAAUCCAGGAGAACGCUUUGCCCAUGAUGCUGGCACAGCCCCCUCUGAAUCUAAUCGCCCAGGCUCAGUCCGGCACCGGUAAAACUGCUGCUUUCUCUCUUGCCAUGCUCAGCCACGUUAACCCAGACAAUAAGUGGCCUCAGUGCCUGUGCAUCUCGCCAACGUAUGAGCUCGCUCUGCAGAUCGGUCAGGUCAUCGAGCAAAUGGGGAAGUUCUGUCCAGAUGUGAAACUGGCGUACGCCAUUCGAGGCAACAGAAUGGAGCGAGGCACUAAGUUGCAGCAGCAGAUUGUCAUUGGGACACCAGGCACAGUCCUGGACUGGUGCAUCAAGUACAAGUUCAUCGACCCCAAGAAGAUCACCAUGUUUGUGCUGGACGAGGCUGACGUGAUGAUCGCCACGCAGGGUCAUCGGGAUCAGAGCUUUCGAAUUCACAGGCAGCUGACGAAGGAUUGCCAAAUGCUCCUUUUCUCCGCGACCUUUGAGGACUCCGUGUGGGGUUUUGCCAAAAAGGUGAUUCCCGACCCAAAUAUCAUCAGGCUGAGGCGCGAAGAGGAGACUCUGGACACCAUCAAGCAGUACUACGUGGUCUGCAGGGAGGAGGAGGACAAGUUCACCGCGCUCUGCAAUCUGUACGGAGGCCUCACCAUCGCACAGGCCAUUAUCUUCUGCCGUACCCGUAGGACGGCAGCUUGGUUAUCUGUGAACCUGAUGAAAGAGGGCCACAAGGUGGCGCUGCUGAGUGGAGAGUUGGCGGUGGAGCAGAGAGCCGCGGUCAUUGAACGCUAUCGCAACGGCAAGGAGAAGGUGCUGGUGACCACGAACGUGUGCUCCAGAGGUAUUGAUGUUGAGCAGGUGUCACUUGUGGUGAACUUUGACCUCCCCGUGGACAUUGAUGGAAAUGCCGACAACGAGACCUACCUGCACCGGAUCGGCCGCACGGGCCGCUUCGGCAAAAGAGGAUUUGCUGUCAAUAUGGUUGACAGUGAACACGGCAUGGAUAUUCUCCGCCAAAUCGAGAUUCAUUUCAACAGGUCAAUCCCCAAACUGGACCCAAGUGAUCCGGCAGCGAUGGAGAAAGAGUUCAACCGUUAGCUCUUCCCCCGCACCGCCCGGCGCAGCUCAGCGCGUUACCUCAGCUGUGACUCGAGUUCUUACCAGAGUUUGUGUCGGCAAUUUAUUGUUUACAGAAGAAAUGCAUGCAAGUGUUGAUGCAUGCGAAACCAGUGUGCCAAAGUUCCCACUUGGAUUUCAUUUGAUACUGUGAUUUAUCACUGAAGUCACCUUAAGCCUUAAUGCUGCGUCUCCCAGAGACUUUAAACUAACCACUGGCUGUUAUAACAGCAUUUAAGAAGGGUGGAUAUAAUCCUACUGUUGAUGGUUUGCUGUGUUUGACUUUAUUUUAUUCUUUGUUUUGUUUUGUUUUGAAGUGUAUAAAUGGGAGAUGAGAAAUGUCUCAUCUCUAAAUCUUUGCAUGGUUUGAUAUAAAAUAUCCUUGAGUGACUUGAAGCGUUUUAACACUGCCAGUUUGGAUCCAGUGGUAGUUGAUAGUGAAUUCCCUGAACUUUAUUUGGUUGUUUAUCAGUUUUGUGUGGAUAAAAAAUAAAUAACUAAAGUUGCUCUCUCCUGUAAAAGCUCUUGAGACAGUUUAUUGACAACACUUUUUGAUUCUGGCUGUGUAUCAGCCGCUGAACUUCCUCAGAAUACACAAUACAUUUAAAAGAUACGACACCUGAAACAUCUGUAUUCUCUGGGCACUCUGUGAUUG